GACGAGAGCGACAUGUCUUCCAGCAGCCAGGUAGCCGAGUCAUGGAUCAGCGCCUUCUGCAGCCUCGUGGGCCACGAAUACUUUGCUGAGGUGUCCGAGGACUUUGUCGAGGACGACUUCAACUUGACCGGCCUGCAGAGCCAGGUGCCCAUGUACAAGGAAGCUCUGGAGAUGAUCCUGGAUGAGAGAAGACACUUGCGCAUGGCCUCGGACCUGUCGGUGAUCGAGAGCAGCGCCGAGAUGCUGUACGGCCUGAUCCACCAACGCUACAUCACCUCGCGCCAGGGCAUCCAACAGAUGGCUGAGAAGUACGAAGCUGGCCAUUUCGGCGCAUGCCCUCGCGUCUACUGCGGUCAAGCAAAGGUUCUGCCCGUUGGCUGCAGCGAUAUCCCCGGUCAAGAGACGGUCAAGCUGUUCUGUCCUAGCUGUCUCGACGUCUACACACCACCCAACAGCCGCUUCCAGUCCGUCGACGGUGCCUUCUUCGGCACAACCUUUGGCUGCCUCUUCUUCAUGACCUUCCCCGAGCUACGCCCCACCCCUCUGCCGACACAACCAACCAUCAUCAACGGCUUUGCCGCAGAAAACAUGGCUCCUGGUCUCGGCAAGACCAACAUCUACGAACCUCGCAUCUAUGGCUUCCGCGUCAGUGAAUUUGCUAAGAGCGGUCCCAGGAUGCAAUGGUUGCGCAAGAAGCCUGUUGAUCUGAACGAGCUGGACGAGGUUGCCAUCUGGGAACGCGCGAAUGCUGGAACAUCAAAAGAUGACGAUGUUGAGCUAAUGGACGAGGAAGAUGAGGAUGACGAAGACGAAGAAGCACAAGACGAAGAGGAGCCGCUCCAGGCAGACGGAGAUGUACGAAAAGGCGUAGCGAGACGAACAGCCGCUGCCGCAGCAGACGAAGGCGGUGCUAAAAUCGGUAGCGCGGGUUGA